AUUAUUUGAAUUGAAAUCAAUCCAAAAAUCCAAAAAUUCCUAUGGGUUUGUUGUAAUUCAUGAAAAUAUCCGAAUACUAAAUAAAUAAUGUUUUUAAUCGCGACCAAUGUGAACAACUGUGUGUAAAUGGUUAUGAUAUUGAGUUAGGUAUUAACAGCAUUUGUUAAAAAAGUGCUAAAAUGGCUACUGUAGCAAUGCAGAGGGAUCUAGUUGUAAAAUUGAAGAAAGAGACGAUUUUAAACCUUGGUAUACUCAGUAAGUUGCACCAAAUGCCUUCUGAUUUAAACAGGUUGAUAUUCAAAGAGAAUGCUCUAGAAAAACCUACGCAAAACACCUUCAACCAUUUGUCUUACUAUUUAGUGUCAAUAAUCGACAGUCAGGCUUGUAGUUCAUUGCCAUGGCCGUUAUACGAUACCAAAACUGAAAGAUCAUACAGAAAUGAGUUGUCUAUCCUCAUCAGUGAUUACGGCAACAAAGGUUUGCUGGCCCCAGUCGUGUCUUCUUACUUGGUGAACCCUGGUUGCUAUAAGGUGACCAUGCUCAUCUUUCAAAUGUCUCAACUCGCUGUUGAAAGAGUUUUGGUGACGAAAAUGAAGAAGGACACACAGAGGAAGCUCUAUAAUGAUAUGAGAGAAGGUUACAGAUCCUACAAAGAAGGUUUUAUUGAAAAUGUUGAGAAAGAAACUGCAUCUAUAUCUAGUAAAUUCUCUAAUUAUCUUAGCAAAAGGGCAGCGAUGGAAAAGAUAGCAGCAAUGUUUCGUUCGAAGAUUACACAAAUGGAGAACAAAUUGUCUCAACUUAAUGCACAGAAAUACAUAAAUGAUAUAGUGGAUGGGUUUUUGGCAACCCAUACUGUAGAUGAGCUGACAAAACAAUCUAUUUUAGACAUAAAAGAUUUUAAUAAACCAUCAAGCUUCUUUAAUGCCUGGCUAUCUGAGUUGGAUAACAAAAUAACCAGAAUGGAAAGUGAAUGGGAUUCAAAAAUAGAACAUUUUUUAAAAAUUUGCACAGACACAAGAAAUUCCACAGAGAUGGUGAUAGCCAGGCAUACAGGUGUGGCAGAAAGGAGUUCCUAUACAUUAGAGUAUGACCCUAAAACAGAUGACAUUUGCACGAAAGAGUUAGAAAGCCAAGUGAAUUCAGAACAGAAAUACAUUCUGAAAAAUAUAGUGAGGGAUGAUAAAUUGAGUUUUCCAAAUCUAAUAAGAGCUUUUCUUGUAUCCAUAAGUUUUAUAUUGAAGGAUGCUGAUCUUAGUGGUGAUAUAUACAAGUUUAAUGAGUGCCUAGAUGGUGCGAAACAGAACUAUUCACAUAUUGUGGAAAGUAUGAGAACUCUCUUGGAUAGAGUAAUUAAAGCUGAAGCUAGACUGCAGCCUGCACAAACUUCAUACAGCCGGUCAAUAUCACUCAAAGAACAUUCGGAAAUACCUCCUUUGCCCGACCUGUCGGAACUCAAGAUGAGUAAAGACUUGCAUGUUCAAUGCACAUUUAACACCUUCACACCACUCAACGUAUCAAAACAUCAGUUUAAUCUGAGGAGAAGAGCUGGUGGGCUUGCUAAACAGCAGUCACGGUCCAUGCUCAUAGCGCCGCACUACCACAAACCACGAGAUGACUUCCUCAAGAGCCUCAUAUCCUGCCGCAUCAGUUCCUACGACCGUCCAAACGCAACACAAAACAUGUCUAUUCUAUCUCAAACUAAUAAUAGAAACAAUGAAACCAUUGCCGAAUGCUCGUCAGGUUUCACAAAAGAGCAGAUCAUGAGGUUGCUGUCCACUAAAAAGUCUAGCAGCUCCAAGAAGUUUAAAUAUAAGACAGAGAGGCCAGAUAUAAAAGUUAAAAAAGGAGGUUUGUUCAACGAAUCUGUGGCUUCGAAUGAUGGCACUGGGCUGAUCAGAAGCCAUUCAUCACCAAAUCUAUUUGAGGCUAGAGAAAAACGAUCUAAAAUUCCAGUUCCACGUAAAUUAUCGAUAAUGCAAGAAGACUGCCCUCUACUUGAAGUUUCUGGUAUAUCAGCUUUAGAUAAAGAAAAUAGUUAUGGAACUCCAGAUGGUGUCAUGAGAUUGGAAAGUACUAGAAGAAUAUUUGAUGCUACAAGCUUGCCCGUAAUUUCCAUCACUCCUGAACCGGAUAAAGUCGUGUUAAACAACGACGAAGACUCGAAUAAAAUGCGUUUCGCCGACCUAGACUUGCCGAAAAUGCAAGAGAACAUACUGGAAAAAGAAGAAAUAAAGACUGAAACCCCAAAAAGUAAUACGCAAUUGAUAAGAAAAACUAGUUCUUUAGAGAAGAUCAUUAAUAGGUUCAAGAAAGUUCGAGCGAGCGUCUUACCGUGCGACAGGAGUAACGAAGACGUCAAUGAAUUUAAAACCAUUGUUGAGGAGAAGGAGAAUUUCAAUGUGAACGUCGAUGUGUUCACCGCAAAUAGGAUUUUAUUGCCAGACCUUUUAAGUCCAAGUUGCAGUGUGCUGCCAAUGAAGUCCUCUGAUUACUUGGAUCAGAUCGACGAUGAUGUACCGAGUAGAAAACCACGGGAAAGUCUCGGCACCGCGUUAGGCGUAGACCACACAUUCUUAGAUCAGUUUGAUUUAAUAGAUUAAUAAAUGUUAAGCUAAAAUAAGGAGUAUUAAUCGGUUGCAUAGCAUAUAGAAUCCAGUAUUCUUAUAGAGUAUGUUUGAAUAAGAAGUAUGUUAGUUUAGUGUUAAAAGUUGCAUUAUUUUUGUAAAAUCGUAUUCUUACUAUUGCUCAUCAAAGUCAAAUGUUUUUAUCACAAAUAGGUCUUCGCAAGCUCUCAUGAAACGUCACACUAGUUGCACGGUUCCAAAAAGUUGGUCUCACGGAGAAGAGCCGGCUAGGAACUCCAUAGACACUCUUUUUAAGAAAAAACACGCAAAACAUAAUAUUUCCUGGUGCCUUUAAUCUGGCAGGUUUUGUGAACAAAUGCAAAGAAUUUUGAUUGUAUCUAGAGUAAAAUAUUAGGUAAGAAAUUAAAUAGUUUGUUUUA